UGAAAUUAUUCUCGGUUUGAUAAAUACGGUAUAGUAUGGUUUAAUACGUGUUAUUUAGAAGAGAGAUUAUGGUAAUGGUUUAGCGCGUAUAAUGCACGGGUUUUGUGUGCAUGUUUUAGCGCGAAAGCGCACGAGUUUUUCGUUUUGGGGUAUAUAUGAUUUGCACAUCUAGUGAGACGCCAUUCGAGGGUUGUUUUUGACAGGCAAAGUUAUGGAGCAAGAAAACGAAAGGGUGAUAAAGUAGUUUAGGCGUUCAUUUGCGAAAUACAUAGUAUUCGGAAGGAGGUUUUCGAUGAGAGGACUGAUUCUCUGCUAGAAGCGGAAUGGUGAGCUGGAACUUCGAACAAAGACGGGCAUAGUAACAGCGGAUGAAGGCUGUCGGACUGGUAGACUGAUGGACGGAAGAAGAGACAUACAGACACCAUUACUACUAAUAAUAUAGAUGUCUUCUCGGCGCGCGAUCAACCUGAACGACCCUCGCUGCGAGGAGCACCGGGCGCUCGCUGCUCGGGUCUACCUGGCGCUAUCCGCGAUGCAGGGUUUCAGCGGGGUUGGCGCGUACGUGUGCUCCGGCCUAUCCAUCCGCUUGCACGAGAACAAGUUCCCAUACUUCGUGGCCGGCUUCAUUGCGGGAACCUUCCUGUUCGUAUCGAGCCUGCUAUCGUGCCGGGUGUACAACAAGAAUCCAUUCUUCACGAGCAGCGAGGUCGCAAGGAGGGAGGUCCUGUGUGCGGUAAGCUGGCACCGCACGCUGUCGUUCUAUAUGCUCUUCGUGUGCCUGUUCUCGCUAGCCACCCUGUGGAUCUACGGCCUCUGCGUGAUGGACGACGACGUUUGCUCCUACGAGAACAACAUCCGGUUCAACCGUGUGCUCGCCGGCCUCGCAUUCACCUUCUGUUGCGCAGGCGUAGUCUCGUCCGUAUUCGGAAUUAGCCUCAUCUGUUUCUUUGGGAAGGCGUUCGGACUGGUUCAUAUUCCCGGUCGCGGUAGCACCUUGCGCUUUUCCGGCAGCCUAGGACCAUCACGGGACUUUAUACCGCACCAGAAUGACGCCUUCUGGCCACAGACGGACGGUCAGUUCCGACACAACUCUGCCAGCGAUCGUCUUUUCAAUAUCGGGUUUGAACCGAUGUUCCCUCCGCCGUAUUGUGCAUGGGACGCUAGCGUAAGCGUUAUCAAUGAUAGAGUUGCGGAAUCGUACUCUUAUUACGGUCCACCUAAGUACGAUGAUAUCGGCUUUAGUGCGAAUACAUAUGAAGCCGCUGUUCUGCCGGUAGAUCAGCCUCCCCCGUAUACACAUCCCGCCGAAGCACCGGCUGAUACAUCUACUCAUUUGUGAUGCACCAUAAGUAUAUUUUCCCGGACAUUGUACACAGACAUAGAGAUAUAGCACAAGUGUGUAACCACGAUACUAUCGUUGAAAUCCAGAAAAAGUGAUAUAUGUGUACACGAGCAUACUCGACUUCAAUUAUGUGCCCGUAGAGUUAGUGUACUAUACCUGUGGGCGAAUCCAAAACUGAUAUUGAGUGAAAUGUGCAUAUACCGAAGCAAUACUGAGUAUGACUUUGUACGCUUGUCUACCCGGGUUGUCUGUGUAAGUCUGCUGUUAACUUAUGCAAGACACGGGUAUUGACACACUGUACGAACCUUGCUCCUGAAAUACUUGGCUUAACGUGCAUGUCUGCGUGUGCAUUCCUAGCCUGCAUGUCGUCAUGUGCAUUAAGUGUCGUCUUAGAUUUGCCUGCGACGUUUGCCGAGGCUAAUCGGGGACGACACUUUCCGCUUACGCUGGGUUAUUUGCUUAUAAGAGACAUCCUUUUAACGAAAAUACCAUAAAGCGGAAAGUGUCGUCCCCUAUAAGUCUUUGCGGACUGCGCUUUACGCACAUGAAUUAAGCCCAGUUUUACCAGAACGCGACUCGUGUGUGUUGUUAAAACAAACAGCUUUAAGCCAAGUAGCCUUUGCAAUAAUUUCUAUAUAUUAAAUUUCCUUGUAAUUCUAUUCUUAUUUAUUUCAGCAUCUGAUUAUCCGAUUGUUGAUUAAUUGUUGUUUAUAUGUUGUUUCCUUCCUAUGUUCUGAUAUAAAUGCAACUUUCGUA